GGACGGCAACGCACAUUCUGUUCCGUCAUCAGUAACUUCUUCAACUCCUGCGGGAGUGUUCCUCACCAAUGCUUCCUCUUCCAUUCUUGUGUCUUUCUCUUCUAUCUUCUGUUGUACAUGCCAGAAACUCUUCUUCGUCGAGGACGAAUCAACUAUCUCUGUCUUCCUACCAGCUAAGCUCAGGUCUGUCGUUAAGUCGCGACGAGAAAUGUCCGCCAUGUUUCAACUGCAUGUUACCAGCGUUUACCUGUGGGCAAUACGCAGAGUGCAACCCAUACGAUGGGCAGUGUAAAUGUCCUUCAGGAUGGAGUGGGAUCGAUUGUUUGACUCCUCAGUGUGACUCACUAGCGGAGGGAGAACAUCGAAGACCUCGAGAUCCUGGAACAAGUUGUCAAUGCAAGGAUGGAUGGGGUGGUAUCAAUUGUAAUGUCUGUAGGACGGACAACGCGUGUCAUGGCUUCCCAUUACACGGAGGAGUUCCAGACGAAGGCGAUGUACCUGCAGGCAACAUGACUUGCUACAAAGGAGGCGAAACGGUUUUCAACAAUCAUCAAAUGUGUGAUGUCACCAACCGAAAGAUUAUAGACCAAGUAGGAGCAGAUCGACCCGUUCAAGUUACGUUCUCGUGCGAUAACGAGGAUGCGACGUGUGCAUUCCAGUUUUGGGUGGCAGAAGUCGAGUCAUUCUACUGCGCGUUGGACGGCUGCUCAUCUCACGUGAAACAUGGUUACGAUACCAACAUAACCAGCUAUGAAUGCGAAAAACUCAAAUGCAGCUGCAUACCGGGUAGAUUCAUCUGUGGAGAAGACGGGAGUGUCGACAUCAGCGAUUUCUUGACAGAAGAGAUUAAAGGGCCUGCCAAAUUCAGUUGCAGGUCUGGGAAUGGGUGUCGUUUCGAGGAGGACGCCAUGAAUAGUUUGAUCAAUGAUGUUUUCGGGGAUCCUUAUAUCACCCUAGACUGUUUUGGAGGAGAAUGCCUCCACUAUUCCCAAGUUCCUGGCUACGUACGCCCUCCCAAACCCGACAAUACCAUUUGGGUUGCCAUUAGCUCAGCAGCUGCAUGUUUCGUUGUUUUUGUGGCCUCCGCAUUGAUAUGGUACCUGGGACGUGCCUCUGGGGGCGAUUUUGGGCCUAUUCAGCUUCCGGAGACGGAAGUCUCGCGUCUGAUGACAGACCAUGUUCCUGCGUCGUUGCACUUCUCCAACAUAUCAUACACUCUAGGAACCAAGAGAAUUAUAUCUGGUAUCACAGGAACUGUUAAACCGGGGCAGGUUAUGGCAAUUAUGGGAGCAUCCGGUGCUGGAAAAUCCACUCUACUUGACAUUCUCGCGCGGAAGAACAAGCGAGGGAACGUGACAGGAGUUACAUUGGUUAACGGGCGAGAAGUGAAGGACGAAGAGUUCAGAGCUGUCACGGGUUUUGUCGACCAAGAAGACACGCUGAUGCGCACAUUGACCGUUUAUGAGACGGUGCUUUACAGUGCUUUGUUGAGGUUGCCUAGGGAGAUGAGUUACGAGGCCAAGAAGUUUAGGACAUUGGAGACGAUGAACGAAUUGGGGAUUUUGGGUAUUAAGGAUAUGAGGAUCGGAGAGACCGGCAACCGGUCAAUAUCUGGUGGUGAAAAGCGACGUGUCUCUAUAGCUUGCGAGCUUGUCACCAGCCCAUCUAUCCUUUUUUUGGACGAGCCGACUAGUGGACUCGAUGCCUUCAAUGCUCACAACGUUGUAGAAUGUCUGGUUUCUCUUGCUCGGGAUUACAACCGCACAGUCGUUUUCACUAUCCAUCAACCACGGAGUAACAUUGUCGCUCUCUUUGACCAGCUCGUUGUCCUUGCGAUGGGGAAAACCGUAUAUUCUGGGGAAUUCUCGAAAUGUCAAGGAUACUUUGCAUCCAUCGACCGUCCUUGCCCUCCGGGGUUCAACAUUGCGGAUUAUCUCAUCGAUUUGACGGUCAAUGCCACGAUCUCCAGCCCCAUCAGCCAGCAAAGCACAACCUUAGAGCCACCUUCCCCAGCAGAUAUCACUAAUCUUGACGAUGAAGAACGUGCCGUAGGUAGCUCGCAGGCCCUUCCACUUGCGGUACGCUCGCAUCCAUCUCAGGAAGAUGCCAAUGACGCAUCAAGACCAGACUCGAUCGCUUCAUCAACAGGAGCCUACAUCAGGCGCAAGACUUCCCAGAUUCUUGAAUCUGUUACGAACAAUCAAUUUGGAGAAGCCUCUGUACCCCCGAAACUGGCACAGUUGGUGGACCUUUAUGAGAAAAGCAGUAUUGCUGCCGAGCUUACAGCUGAUAUCGAGAGGACUGUACGGGCUAAUGUUGGUCAGGGUAACAGCGAGAGAGAAACACGAGAUGUUGCCGUUGAGACAAGUCUUUUGAGGGGAAGAAAGCGAGCAACUUGGGGUACUCAGUUUAGGAUACUGAGUGGGAGAGCAUUCAAGAAUCUUUAUCGGGACCCUGCGUUGCUUAUGGUGCAUUAUACUUCUGCGAUCGCCCUUGCCCUGAUAUCAGGGUUCUUCUUCCGCAACGUGACAAUUGAUAUUGCUGGGUUCCAGAACAGGUUGGGGUUGUUCUUCUUUACUUUGGCGCUUUUCGGGUUCUCUUGUUUAUCAAGCCUGGGCCUCUUUGCGGGAGAGAGAAUUCUAUUUAUUCGCGAACGAUCGAAUGGAUAUUACUCUUCUUUCACCUACUUCUCAUCUAAGAUUCUGUUUGACAUACUGCCGCUACGGCUCGUCCCUCCAUUGAUCUUCGGUAGUAUCGUAUAUGGACUGGCAGGCCUCGUGCCGACUGUGACUGCCUUCUGGAAAUUCAUCCUUGUCCUCGUCAUGUUUAACCUGACUACUGCAACCUUCGUAUUAUGGCUUUCAAUUGCAUUUGCAAACACGAGUGUAGCCAGUCUUGUUGGUACACUGGUUAUGCUGUACAAUUUGUUAUUCACAGGAUUGCUCAUCAACCGAGAUACCGUUCCCAAAGCACUGCAGUUCUUGCACACGGUAUCCUUCUUUCAUGCAGCUUUUGAGGCUUUGGCUGUGAACGAGCUGAGAUAUCUGUCUUUGAAAGAAGUCAAGUAUGGCGUCGAGCUGGACGUUCCGGCAGCUACUAUCCUAUCCACGUUUGGAUUGCACGUUCAGUCCUUCUGGUGGCCAAACAUUUCAUUAUUGGGUAUCUUCUGUGCGGUUUUCACGGUCUGCAGUUUCUUCACCCUGCAUUACUUCGUGAAGGAGAAGCGUUAACGGGGCAGUGGUGCCUACUUAACUCCCGUCACGAACUUUACCAUUUUGUAUCCCUGUUCGAUACACACACGCCACUAGUUUCCUUUCCCCCAAAUCUUCGCGCGAACCCCACGAUCAUUUGUUGUAAAAUAUAUAUUUUCUUGGAAUCGGUUCCUCGCAAACUGCUUUCGGGGUCCUCAAUGACUCUCCCUGUGAACUUUCGCACCCUUUUUUCCCGUCGUCUCUCCUUAUGGGGAUCGUUCUAUCUGAGCUUUCUGAUCCAGAUCUAAUUGUUUACGCGUACUAAAAUACAUGGUUUAUCUUAUUGUCUUUUUUUUCUCUAGGCGG